AUGACCAUCAAAGUCACUCCGCAAGACGCCGCCCGCGCCGACCGCCUGGCUCGUAUCUUCCGGGAGUUCCUCAAGGAACGCUCUGUCAAGACAGCCAAGGAUGCCCAGUUAUUCUUGGAAGCCGUUAGAACUGAGGCUUCUUCGACCUCGUGUCUCGAGAGUAUUGUUGCCAGUGACUCGGCUUUGCAGGCCGUCAAGUUGAGCGUCCGGAUCGAUGCCUCCGCCCAGUACAUCAUCACUCAUGUGAUCCCAUUCCUCGCAUACUUCGCCACCCAAGAAGUCAAGGCUAUUCAGGGCGGCCAGCUGAUGCGCCAACUUCUGAUGGUGAUCAUCCAGCCACCGACUCUUUGGAACGCCAUGGUGGAGCUCUAUACCAACCGCACUCUCAAAGAUGACAACGAGGAAACCUUCGCCUGGAUGUGCCUCGAGGUCGCCCGGUUUUCCGGCCCAGAGCUGAAUGAUCUUGUGACCGGGCUCACUACUGCCUUGGCCCGGCGUCCCUUCUUGGAGAGCACCAAUGCCAAGGUUCGCGAGCUUGGUUACAGCAUUGGCAAAGUCCUCAAUCUCAGACACUCGCUGGACCCUGCGACCGACUCGGCGGAGGACACACCGGGUGGGCGGCACGAUAAUGAUUUUGCCGACUUUCGACGGAUUGCCAUUUUCCCUACCCGGGACGAGUUCUCGUCGUCCUCUCCGCCCUUUCUCCGGCGAGCGGCCGAGGUGGCGCAAGAGGACCCCUCCAGCAGAUGUCGUGUCCACCUGGACAACCAGUUCCGUUUGCUCCGCGAGGAUAUGAACGGAGAACUUCGCGAGGACUUGCUGCCGGCGACUGGCCAGAAGAAGAAGCCCAGAGCAAUUCACGCCCUCGGUGGUCUCGUACCUCGUGGAAUAUAUUCUGGAGACGACAAGCGAGGUCGGCCGUCCGCUCUUCUUGUGUCUUGCACAUCCGGCCUCGGUUUCCUGCGUACGCAGCCCGAGAAAGAGCGCAGAAAGUUUCUGGACACGAACAGGGCGGUACUGCGCCACCAGUCCUUUGGUGCUCUCUGUCGAGACAAGGAGAUCGUCGGAUUUGCUUUCAUUGUUCGUGAUAUCGACCUCCUCGUCCAGGACCCUCCCGUCGUGGGACUGCAGUUCACGACCAGUUCACAGUUCACGAGGGCCGCUAUGGCACUCUGCACACAUGGCGACGUGCGGUUCGUGCUGGUUGAUACACCCGUCUUUGCUUACCGGCCCAUUCUUGAGCGACUUCAGAGUAUUUCAGAGCUUCCUCUGGAAAGGGAGCUUUUGCGUCUCCCUGCCAACAACACGAUCAACCAGCUCCAGGCCUUCCAGCCAAGGCCUGCCAUAUCGAAACUCAUCUCCUUGUGGAACCAACUCGAGCCGCUUGACGGAGAAACGUACAAUUGUCGGAUCGGGAAGCGCGACUACAGAUUUGACGAUUCUCAGUUCAAGUCUAUUCUGUCUAUUCUCGGCACUGGACUCUCUGUCAUUCAGGGUCCUCCCGGAACUGGAAAAUCUUUCAUCGGUUCCAUCGCCGCGAAAAUACUCCUCGGGGAUCCUUCGACGCGGCUUCUCGUUCUCAGUUAUACGAACCAUGCGACUGACCAGUUCAUCGAAGACCUCCUGGAUAAAGGGGUGUCCCCGAGCGACGUGACGCGGCUGGGUUCCAAGUUAUCGGAAGUGAUCGCUCCAUUCUCCUUUGACCGCCAGUUUCGACAGUCCCCGCACAACUCCAACCAACUGGGUAGACAGUCUCGCAGUCGUCUGUUUUCUCGCAAAGAUGACAUGCGCGACCUCCGUGACCAGAUCAACAAGGCCUUUGACAGACUUGUCCGGCACAACGUCACAGCAACCGAUAUGCUCGAAUUCCUGGAAUUUUCAGACGAGUGGCAGAUUUUUUACAGCGCGUUCCAGGUCCCUGAAGCGGAAAGCGGGUUUACCAUGGCUGGCCAGGGAGGUAAACAGCUGAACUCUGCUCACCUCUACGACCAGUGGAAGAAAGGACAGACGCCUGCUAAGCUCGUGAAACUCAUGCCGACGGCUUGCCAGAGUGCGUGGAGUAUCCCACGUAAGGUAAGACUCGAACACGUCCACUCCUGGACCCAAGCCCUUCGAAAAGAGCAGGCUGAGUUCUUCAGCCGCCUGCUGGACCAGCUCAACGAGGCGCAGAAGGAAGUCGACACCCUUCUCGACGAGGGAAGGCGCUCGUUUAUCGAGUCAAAGCGCGUUAUAGCAUGCACGACCACAGGUGCUGCCAUGUACUCUUCCCUCCUCGAAGCUGCGAAACCCAACGUCGUGCUGGUGGAGGAAGCAGGCGAGAUCCUCGAGGCCCAUGUCCUCUCCGCGCUACAGGCGAACACCAAGCAGCUCGUCCUCAUAGGCGAUCACAAACAGCUGCGCCCGAAAAUCAACAAUUACUCCCUCAGUGUCGAGUAUGGCGAGGGCUACGACCUCAACAUGUCGCUGUUCGAGCGGCUCAUCCUCCAGGGCCACCCCCAUACCACCCUGCGGAUGCAACACCGCAUGGCCCCUGAGAUCUCCCAGCUCGUUCGAGAGAUGACCUAUCCCGACCUCGUAGACGGCGACAGGACUUUCGACCGGCCGUCCAUCCGCGGCCUUCAGACCAGGGUGGCGUUUGUGAACCACGACAAGCCUGAAGUCGAUGCCGCCGCCCUACGUGAUCGGCGCGAUGCGAGCGUCAAGGCCAGCAAGCAGAAUGACUUUGAAGCACGCCUUGUGCUCAAGCUGGUCAGGUACCUGGGUCAGCAGGGGUACAAGACCGAUGAUAUCGUCGUUCUCACCCCUUACCUUGGGCAGCUGCGCAUGCUCAAGGAUAUUUUGAGCCAGGAGAAUGACCCGGUGUUGAACGACCUGGACUCGGCCGAGCUUAUUCGAGCGGGUUUGAGCACGGCUGCAGCUGGGAAAGCCAGUAACGGGAAGAUCAAGCUCUCUACGAUUGACAACUACCAGGGAGAAGAGAGUGAUAUCGUUAUUGCCUCGUUGACACGGAGCAACAACACCGGGGAUAUCGGAUUCAUGAAAGCCCCCGAACGACUCAACGUUCUCGUCUCGCGCGCAAGAAAUUGUCUCAUCAUGAUCGGGAACAUGGAAACAUUCAUGGCGUCCAACCACGGAAAGCAAGUAUGGGUUCCCUUCUUCAAUCUUCUCCGCGAGAAAGGCUUCCUACACGACGGGAUCCCGGUUUACUGCGAGAGACAUCCCGAGAGAAAGGCCAUCUUGUCGACCCCGGAAGACUUUGAAUUUCAUUGUCCCGACGGCGGCUGUGCAGAACCAUGCGGCGCAGCGCUCAACUGCGACAUACACGUCUGCACGCGCCGGUGCCAUCGGAUUUCGGAUCACAGCAACAUCCCCUGCGACCAGUUGGUGGAAAAGACGUGCGAAAAGAAGCACCAGUCCAAGAUCCCCUGUAAGAACAGGAACAGCGGAUGCAAGCAGUGCCACAAGGAAGCCGAGGACAUGAAGAGACGGCUCGAGAGGGACCUCGAACUUGAGAAAAAGAGCCUUGUUCGCCGAACGGAGUACCAAAGGGAGCUUCAGAUGAUGGACGACGAGAUUGCGCACGAGCGCCGACUGAUAAAGGAUCAGCAAGAGUCCGAAGAGCAACGGCGGAUCUUACAGCAGCACCAUGCCGACCUUGCGGAACUAAAGAAAGCUCGAGAGGCUCGGGAAACCAUGUUGAAGAAGCAAAAGGCUGCCGAGCUUCGCGAUCUCGCGAACAAGCAAACCACAGGCAUGCGAAGAUCGUCCCCAGGCUCAGACAAGGAAUCCGAGACGCCCUCCGGCCCGAACAUCAUUCCGGGAAGUGCCCAAGACGAAUGGGAGCAGAUGAAGAGGCUCCAGGGCGAGAAAAGCGAUGCUUUGGACACGUUGAUGGGCAUGAUAGGCCUGGAAGAGUUGAAACAAGAGUUCUUGUCGAUAAAGAACAGGGUAGACACGGCUCUGAGGCAAGGCGUCUCACUCAAGUCGGAGAGAUUGGGAUGCAGCCUCCUUGGGAACCCUGGAACCGGCAAGACGACGGUCGCGAGACUCUACGCCAAGUUCCUCACCUCCAUGGGUCUCCUGCCGGGCAGCUUCUUCAAGGAAACGACAGGAUCGAAGCUUGCGAAUAUGGGAGUAUCAGGUUGUCAGGCGAUGCUCGACGAAGUCCUAGACCAGGGAGGCGGCGUGAUCUUUAUUGACGAGGCCUACCAGCUGUCCUCUGGAAACAACCCCGGAGGCCGAGGGGUUCUCGACUUCCUCCUUGCCGAGGUAGAGAACCUCACAGGCAAAGUCGUCUUUGUUCUGGCGGGCUACGCGAAGCAAAUGGAGUCGUUUUUUGCUCACAACCCGGGACUCCCCAGUCGGUUUCCCAACGAAAUGAAAUUUACCGACUAUACCGAUGACGAGCUAGUACAGAUCCUCGAGCGUCAGGUCAAAAAGAGGUUCGGCGGUCGUAUGAAGGCCGAAGACGGGCUCCGAGGUCGCUAUUGUCGGGUUGCCUGCCGGAGACUGGGACGUGGCCGCGGGAAGGACGGUUUUGGAAAUGCCAGGGCCGUCGAGAACCUGUUCUCCAGAAUCUGUGCUCGGCAGGCCGGCCGUCUGAGGCGGCAAAGGACUGAGGGGAAGCAGCCAGACGAUCUCCUGCUCACUAAGGAGGACCUGAUCGGACCAGAACCAUCGAAUGCGCUGCUCAAGUCGGAAGCCUGGACCAAGUUACAGGAACUCAUUGGCCUCGAUUCAGUCAAGGAGGGCGUGAAGGUCCUGGUGGACACCAUGCAGGCCAACUACCACCGGGAGCUCAAGGAACAACCCAUUGUCGAAUACGCCCUGAACCGAGUCUUCCUGGGCAACCCGGGGACUGGCAAAACGACGGUGGCCAAGCUCUACGGCCAGGUUCUGGUCGAUCUUGGCAUGCUGUCCAACGGCGAGGUGGUCAUCAAAAACCCAGCCGACUUUGUUGGGGCCGCUUUGGGGCAGUCCGAGCAACAGACGAAGGGCAUCCUCGCGGCCACUGCAGGCAAGGUACUGGUCAUCGAUGAGGCUUACGGCUUAUACGGCGGCGGCGGCACGUCUGAUCCGUACAAGACGGCCGUUGUCGACACUAUUGUCGCCGAGGUCCAGAGCACUCCCGGAGAUGACCGUUGCGUCCUCCUCCUCGGAUACAAAGCACAAAUGGAGGAGAUGUUCCAAAACGUGAACCCGGGUCUCAGCAGACGGUUCCCAUUAGCGUCCGCCUUUGCCUUUGAGGAUUUCGACGACGCAGAGCUGCGAAAGAUCCUGGACCUGAAGCUGAAGCAGCAAGGGUUCACAGCCACUGGCCAAGCCAAGAAGGUCGUGUUGGAGAUGCUGGACAGGGCGCGGAAUCGUCCUCACUUUGGAAACGCGGGUGAGGUUGACAUCUUGCUCAAUGAGGCCAAGAGCCGUCACCAAAAGCGCCUUUCGACACACCAGACGACCCGUCACAACACCCUGGAUGCCGUCGACUUUGACGAGAAUUUCGAUCGUGUUGAGCGGUCUGAUACGAACGUCUCCAAGCUCUUCGAGGGUACUGUGGGCUGCGAGAAGAUUAUUGCCACUCUCCAGGGUUACCAGCAAGUCGUACGAACGGUGAGAGAGCUGGAGAUGGACCCCAAGGAAACCAUUCCCUUUAACUUCCUAUUCAGAGGGCCCCCUGGGACGGGAAAGACCAGCACGGCGCGGAGGAUGGGCAAGGUCUUUUACGACAUGGGGUUCCUUGCCAGUGCCGAGGUCAUCGACUGCUCUGCUACCGACCUGAUUGGGCAGUACGUUGGGCAGACCGGGCCCAAGGUGCAGCAGCUUCUGGACAAGGCACUUGGACGCGUCCUGCUUAUCGACGAGGCGUACCGGUUAUGUGAAGGCCACUAUGCCAAGGAGGCCCUUGACGAGAUUGUCGACGCCGUCACCAAGGAGAAGUAUUAUAAGAAGCUGAUCAUCAUCCUCGCCGGAUACGAGGAACACAUCAACCGACUACUGAAUGUCAACCCGGGUAUGACGAGCCGGUUCCCCGAGACCAUCGACUUCCACAGCCUGAGCCCCGAGGCUUGCUUCGACCUCCUCACCAAGCUCCUACAGAAGAAGAAGAAGGUGCUCGGCGAGAGGAAAAAAUCAUUGGAUCUAUUGUGCCUUGAACAAGCUUCCCCCGGAUUCAAAGAACAGGUGACGGCCAUCUUCGUCUCGCUCUCGUCGGAACCCAACUGGGCUAGCGCCCGGGAUGUCGAGACUCUGGUCAAGAACGUGUUCACGAUCGGCCUCCGCUCCAAGGCUCAGAAUACCCCCGCCAUUGUCAUCACCGAGGACGCGAUUCUUGGUGAGAUGAAGAAGAUGCUGGGGGAGAGGGAAAGCCGUGGCAGACAGGCACAGGCUCCGUCAAUGGGUCAGCUGAUGGAGAAGUUACAGCUGGAAAUGGCCCCGGAUCAGAGGCAGCCGGUGAACCUUGCCCCCGCGGUGGCCACUAAUACCACCUGCACCACUCACCAGGAGGAAGAAGUCGUGCAGGAAGAUACCGCCUUCUCUUAUGCACCAUGCCCCGAGACACCUUCCACAACCACCAGCUCGACCAAGCUGGGUGUUCGGGAUCACGGCGUGAGCGACGAGGUGUGGGAGCAGCUGCAGCUGGAUGCGCAAGCGGAGGAAGAGAGGGAGAAGCAGUACCAAACUCUUUUAGAGAAGAGGAAACAGGUGAAGGACGAUGACGGGAUGAAGGAGCGCAUCCUGAAGCAGCUGAUCGAGGAGGAAGACCGGAGGAAGCGCGAGGCGGAAGCGAAGGCGAGGUUGGAGAUGAUGGGGUGUUGUCCGGCGGGGUUUCAUUGGAUCAAGCAAAGCACUGGAUAUCGCUGUGCUGGUGGUUCGCAUUUUAUUUCCGACGAGGAUGUGGCCAACUUUGUUGUAGGGGGACCACCCGCGGGAGAGGUUUAA